AUGGAGCACCUGUUUCCUGAUUGGAAUUUUGAAGAUAAUUUUCACAUGUCCACUAAUAAAAGAUCAAUCAGACCAGAAGAUGAACUAGUGGAGCUAUUAUGGAGAGAUGGUCAAGUGGUUUUACAAAGCCAAGCUCGUAGAGAACCAUCAUCAGUCCAAGUCCAAACCCACAAACAUGAAACCCUACGGAAACCAGACAACCCUUUUCUUGACCACCAAGAAACAGUUCCAAAACAUAACAACACUGAAGAUCAAGAAACCGUCUCAUGGAUCCAAUACCCUCCAGAAGAUGUCGUUGAUCCCUUCGAAUCAGAGUUCUCCUCCCAUUUCUUCUCUUCCGUAGAUCACCUCGACGGUCCAGAGAAGCCACAGACGAUCGAGGAGACUCCUAAGCAUGACGCUCAUCAAGCCAUGGCUCCUCCUAAGUUUAGGUCCUCCGUGUUGACCGUUGGACCGAGCCAUUGUGGAAGCAACCUGUCUACGAAUGAUCAUCAGGUGAUUACUCAGCCUCCGGUUUCUAUCAGUGAUAGAACCAAGAACGUCGAAGAAAGACUUGACCUUUCGUCCGGUGGCUCGUCCGACUGCAGCUACGGAAAGAACAACAAAGAAACCGGUAGUGGAAGAAGCGUAACCAUUGGCCGUAAAAGAAAACAUGUAAUGGACACUGAUCAAGAAUCUGUCUCUCAAUCUGAUGUACCCUUAAUCUCAAACGAUGAUCAAGCCAUGGGAAACAAAUCGAGCCAACGGUCAGGAUCUACCCGAAGAAGCCGUGCGGCGGAAGUUCAUAAUCUCUCUGAAAGGAGGAGGAGAGAUCGGAUCAAUGAGAGAAUGAAAGCUCUUCAAGAACUCAUACCUCACUGCAGUAAAACAGAUAAAGCUUCCAUUUUGGAUGAAGCCAUUGAUUACUUGAAAUCACUUCAAAUGCAACUCCAAGUGAUGUGGAUGGGAAGUGGAAUGGCGGCUGCAGCUGCGGCAGCAGCAGCGACUCCGAUGAUGUUUCCCGGCGUACAGCCGUCGCCGUACAUUAAUCAGAUGGCUAUGCAGAGUCAGAUGCAAAUGCCGCAGUUCCCGGUUAUGAACCGGCCCGCUGCACAGAAUCAUCCCGGUUUAGUUUGUCAAAACCCGGUACAGUUACAGAUGCAAGCACAGAACCAGAUCUUAUCGGAGCAGCUCGCUAGGUACAUGGGCGGGUUUCCUCAGAUGCCGGCGGCGACGACUCAGGCCGUGCAAGUGCAACAGCCAGUGGACAUGUUGAGAUUUGGGUCUCCGGUGGGACAGCAAAGUCAACUGUCGGCGCCGGUUACCACCGACAGUCUUCGUUUGGGUAAAAUAGGCUGA